GUUGCGCGUUCCCGUCAGUCGACUCGGCUGGGCAUCACCACGUCGCCGUCCGGCCACUGCUGAUUGCGGUACGUGCAAGUUGGCCGCUGGCCCCCCGUUCCGUCGGACCUUUCAAAGCCAGCGAAGCCGAGCCGAGCGCCAUGCAUUCCAGACCCACAGACGACCGCGCGUGAUUAAUGGGGGAGGCAACCUUGUCCUUGGGCCUGAACAAGGUCGAGUACCCGAGGGUGGAGGCGGCGGAUGCGGCUUUGGCCUUCACUCUGAGCACCGGCGGCGGCGGCGGCGGCAGCUGGGUGGUGGAGAUGGAGAAGACGAUCGGCGACAUGAACGUCGACCCGGCGGUGGAGAUGGCGCGCUGGAAGCGCCACUCCGUCUACCGCGUCCCGGAGCGGAUCAAGAACCUGCACAACAGCAAGGCGUACCAGCCGGAGCUGGUCUCGCUGGGGCCCUUCCACCACGGCGACCCGGAGCUGCUCCCCAUGGAGGAGCACAAGCGCCGCGCCGUCGUGCACCUCGUCAAGCGCUCCGGGAAGCCGCUGCGGGAGUUCGUGGCCGCCGUCGCCGAGGUGGCCACGCAGCUGCUCGACGCCUACAAGGACCUCGGCGACGAGUGGCGCGGCGCCGACAACCGGGAGCGCUUCGUGGAGCUCAUGGUCACCGACGGAUGCUUCCUGGUGGAGGCCAUGCGGAUGGACGCGCUGCGGGGGAAGGUGCACGAGGACUACGCGCCCAACGACCCCGUCUUCAGCAAGUACGGCUACCUCUACCUCUGGAACUACAUCCAGUCCGACAUGGUCGUCGUGGAGAACCAGCUGCCGCUGCUCCUCCUCCAGAGGCUCCUCGUUGUCAUGGACCAUGACAGAUAUCAGAAUGCUUCAGGAGUGAGCAGGUUGGUGCUGGACUCUCUCUGCCCAUGGCGGCGGCACCUGGUGGGCAUCAACCACCUCGGCCUCCACCCGCUCGACAUCCUGUACACGAGCCUCACCCACGGCGACCACCAGGAGCGCACCGGGUCGACGGCGUACGUGAUGCCGUCGGCGAUGGAGAUCUACGAGGCCGGGAUCCACUUCAAGGUGAGCGACACCGACAGCCUCCUGGACGUCCACUUCGAGCACGGCGUGCUGAGCAUGCCGGCGAUCAGGGUGGACGACCGGACGGAGAAGAAGUUCCUGAACCUGAUGGCGUUCGAGAGGCUCCACCCGGGCGCCGGCAACGACGUGACGGCGUACGUGAUCUUCAUGGACAACAUCAUCAGCUCCGCCAAGGACGUGGCGCUGCUGCGGUCCAAGAACAUCAUCGAGUGCGGGCUGGGCAGCGACGAGGAGGUGGCCAAGCUGCUCAACAACACGCUGAACAAGGGCGGGGUGAUGAGCCCGUCCAGCAGGCUCCACGACGUGCAGCGGCGGGUCAAGGCCCAUUGCCGGAUGAGGUGGAACAGGUGGCGGGCCAACUUCUUUCAGAGGUACCUGAGGAACCCCUGGGUGUUCAUAUCCCUCGUCGCCGCCGUCGUCCUGCUCGUGGCCACCCUCUUGCAGACUGUGUAUACCGUUUUGCCUUUUUACUCUAACACUUAGUACUACCACUUUUUUCUUUCUUUUUGCGGGUAACACUUAGUACCACUUGAAUGUACACUGUAAUUUUUCUAAUAUUGAUUAAUGCAUACGCUUUGUCCUA